AUUUUAUUUGUAGAUAUGGCGAAUGAUUAUUGUGGCCCAGUCGAUAAUUCUGUGCUCUAUGACCAAGCUAAUCACAUAAGCACAACAAUCUGGAACGGGGGGUUAAGAGAAAAGCUAACAAUCCGUCAGAGUACAUCUAAUCUCGGCGAAUGGCAUUUACAUGAUUAUCAAGUCCACUUAUUGCGGCAAUGGGGAUUUGGGAUGUUUGUAAACCCAAAGUCGGUUAUGCAGAAUGAUGUUAGCUUGAUCACAACUUUAGUGGAGCGUUGGAGACCCGAGACCAACACUUUUCACUUCACUUUCGGGGAGAUGACUGUGACCCUUGAAGAUGUAUAUAUGUUGAUGGGUCUACCAGUGGUUGGAGAGCCAAUUAGAUCCGAUGAUGAUAUUCCACAUAGGAGUACAUGGCUUCGAAGAUGGCACGAUCCAGAACUUACAGAGGAGCAAAGGAAAUCUGCCUUGGACCGUGGUGGUGUGAAGUUGAAAUUUUUGAGAGCGCAGUAUGGUACUUGCCCUUCGAGUACAGAUCGGGAUAUGAUGGUGAUAUACACUCGGGCAUAUGUUCUCUACUUGUGUGGGGCAAUACUGUUUCCUACCAAGUCCAACAAUGUCGUCCACCCUCGAUUGAUCCUAUUUCUAGAGGAUCCGAGCAAAAUUUAUGGAUAUGCUUGGGGGGCUGCAGUUCUUGCAUAUCUAUAUAGGAAUUUGCAAAAGGCUAGUAGAAAGGAUGUCAGGUCCAUAUCCGGUUGUACAACAGUUUUGAUGCUAUGGUCUCGUGAGAGGUUGCGCCCGGGACAACCUUUGAUAGCAGAAAAUACGAGGAUGAUAUGGCCUAGGGCAUUAGCAUGGGCUGUUGCUCCAGUCUCUGCAGGGAGGUCAAAGUUCUACAACGUUCAUCACAACAUCGAUGCAUACAGAGGUAUGUUCGAUAAUUUCUAUUUGGAUUGGGUGCGUUGGAGGCCAUAUGCACGUUUCUAUCGGAGGCCUGAUGCGCAUUUCGAGAGAGCUCUAAUUGCCGGCAUUGCCCGUGUACCACUCCAUUACUUUGAGGAUGUAGAGUACCAGCUCCCAGAAAGGGUCCCAAGGCAAUUCGAUAUGCCGUUGUGUAUACCUCCAGAUCCCCCUGCAGACAUGAGAGGUUUGAGGUAUACCAAUGACAAUCCUUUCAUGCAAGUGCAUCCAUUCUACCGGCAGCAGUAUGUAGACAUGUGGAAUAACUUCGUCCAAAAUGGAGUUGGUAUUGUGGAGCCAGCGGAGAAUGAGAUUUCGGAGGAAGCCUAUAUGGAUUGGUACUACAAUAUCACGAAGCUAAAGAUUAUACCGCCAUCGAGGGCCACGAAAAAUCCGGCCGUGUACCAACAAGCCCGUGACAAAUGCGACGUGUCCAAGGCGAUGGAUUUGAUCAUCACGACUGCUCGAGGUAUGAGCGAGCUCUGUCUGCAUGAGAUGCCCCCGGUUUUCCAUGAUUCCGUAUUACCGACAUUUGUCAGGGGUUAUGACGAGCUCAUGUUAGAGACUUUCGGUCCGACUUAUGAGAGGCCCGACUUCAAGAAUGUGCUGCCCAAAAGGAAGGCAAGAAGGACCACGGAGUCAUCGAGUCAACCGUCUGGGAGUGAUUUCUUCAAAGAGUACGAAGCCUAUGAACAUCCUACAAGUUCUCCUUUCGAGACUACACAGUAUGAUGUCGGGCCCAGUGCACCUCAGUAUGAUGUUGGGCCCAGUGCACAGCAUGAUGUCGAGCCUAGUGCACCUCAUUUUGUUUAUCGGCCGGUAAUAGAUUUUGCUGAUUAUUAUAAUGUACCAAUUUCUCGUCAGGAUCCUAUUCCUCCAAUCGAGGACUUCCCUACCGAGGUAACGAUCCGCUUUUAGUUUGAUUUUUUUGUC